UUUAGUCACAUCUGACGAGCUGUUUCACUUUAGUUAUACCCGGUAAAGAAAAAAAAAAGAAGGAAAAACAUAGCGCCGCCACCAAUAAAUUGUGGUUAUAUAUUUGAUCGUUUUUUAAAAAAUGAUUUUUUAUACUAUAUAGGAUAAAGUGAUUUUUAUUUCAAAUAAGUGGCUGUUUUUUUUUUUUUUUAAACACUCACGAUUUGGAGGACUCUCGGCUGUUAGAGUUUUGUUGCGCCACUAUGGACAAGUCUCAUCUUGCCAAUGACAUCAUCAUGACAAGCUCAACAGGCCCAUACCCGCAGGAGCCGCUGACUCCUCCCCGGCCCAACCAUCACCACUCCUCGUCUUCCUUGUCUUCGCCCUCGCCCUCGUCUUCGUCCUCGCCCCUCAAGCCCAAUCAGGUGGGCCAGGUCAUCCUGUACGGCGUUCCCAUCGUGUCGCUGGUCAUCGAUAACAACGAGAGACUUUGCUUGGCGCAGAUAUCCAACACGCUCCUCAAAAACUACAGCUACAAUGAGAUCCAUAACCGCCGCGUUGCGCUGGGCAUCACCUGUGUCCAGUGCACCCCCGUUCAGCUGGAAAUCCUUCGCCGCGCCGGGGCCAUGCCCAUCUCGUCUCGCCGCUGCGGCAUGAUCACCAAACGUGAGGCCGAGCGUCUUUGCAAGUCCUUCCUGGGAGAGAACAUGCCUCCCAAACUGCCCGACAACUUUGCCUUCGAUGUGACGCACGAGUGCGCUUGGGGUUGCCGCGGUAACUUCAUCCCUGCGCGCUACAACAGCUCACGGGCCAAAUGCAUCAAGUGCUCCUUCUGCAACAUGUACUUCUCCCCAAAUAAGUUCAUCUUUCAUUCCCAUCGCACGCCGGACGCCAAGUACACGCAGCCCGACGCCGCUAACUUCAACUCCUGGCGGCGGCAUCUCAAGCUUAGCGACAAACAUCCAGCCGACGAGUUAGUUUAUGCUUGGGAGGAUGUGAAGGCCAUGUUCAAUGGAGGGAGUCGGAAGAGGGCCCUGCCCUCCGCGGGUCACUGCCACUCCAUGGGUCCCAUGAAGACCGUAAGCUCGGUGGUGCCUCACAUGAUGGGAGGCGACCUGGGCGCCCAGAAAAGAGCACACUUUGACGAUGACGACGACCUCGAAGGAGGCGGUUUGUCUCCCCGGAAGACACCGCGAAGUUACCCCGUCAUCCCCGUCCCCAGCAAAGGCUUCGGCAUGCUCCAAAAGUUCCCCCCCACGUCGAUUUUCCCAUCACCUUACCCCUUCCCUGCAGCGUUCGGCCUCUGCCAGCAGAAAAAAGAUGACAGCGAUAUUUCGGCCGGGCACAAAGCCACAGGACUGUCGGGUCUUUUAUGGCCCGGACGAAAGGACACUUUUUAUCCUCCCUUUUGCAUGUUUUGGCCCCCGAGGGCAGCGGGUGGCAUCCCCGUGCCCACGUACCUGCAGCCUCAGCCCAGCCUCUCCUCACUGGCUGACAAUCCCUCCCUUAGGCAGGCCUUCCUGGAUCUGUCUGACUCCUCCGAACCGGGAGCCGUAGCUGCCAACGGGAACGGCGUCAGUACAAACAUGACCCCUAACAACGGGAGCGCCGCAUCGAGAUCCGGUCUCUUUGACCCCGACUGCACAAUGGUAACCCCUGACCUUCGGCCCGUGACUUCGGAAAGCUGGCUGAAACUCUUAGACAACCCCACACUCCACACCAGAAAGCCCAGCUACGGCUCAGCCUUCCGCCCCGUCAUCAAGGACGCAGAGAGCAUCGCUAAGCUCCACGGCAACGGAGGAGGCGUCGCCGGAGUGACGGAUGAAGAGACGGGCCUCGUCGUCGCAGGGUCGGACCGCCACCCGAGGCUCUCGCCCAGCAGCAGCUGCAGUUACGGCAGCGAAAGCGCGGGGGAAGGCGAAGCGGAGGGAGGGGAAAGCGAAGAGGACGGAGAGGUUGACGUGGAGUCCUCGAAGCAGGAAGACGAAGAAGAAGAGGGGGGCUUCGCCAGCCGGACCCCGCAGACUCAAACAAACCUGUUCCUGCCCGUCGUGAGCAACAGUGCCGGGGAGGAACGGGGGAAGGGGAGGGGGAGUGGUGCGGCGUAUCCCGGCAGCUCCCCUCCUUCCGUGGACCCCAUCCGACAGGAGUCCCCCAGCUUGCCGGCCUCUUCUCCCGCCAGCCUGCCGCUGUCCAACUCCAGUCCGCCGCACAGAGAGGAGCCAUCUUACAAAAACGUGGACAAAAACAGAAAUGAAGGACUACCUGCCUACGCAACCAAAGACUCCAUGUCAGAUGACAACAAAGAGGUGAACAGCUUCUUUGGAGCCGAGAAUGAAACAUCAGCACCGGCACCAGACUACUGGAGGGAAAGCUCCGGUGAUCAAAGUCAAGAGGCUGCGUCUCCCGUGCAGCUAAAGAAGGAUGUGGAGAAUAUGGAGAAAGAGGAGCUUCAGAAGGUUCUGCUGGAGCAGAUAGACUUCAGGAGGAGACUGGAGCAAGAGUUUCACACCCUCAAGGGCACCUCCCCAUUUCCUGUCUUCCAUAAUUUCCAAGACCAGAUGAAAAGGGAGCUUGCCUACAGAGAAGAGAUGGUCCAGCAUUUACAAAUGAUUCCGUAUGCAAACAUCAUGAGAAAAGAAAAGAUCAGCUCCCAUAUGAAUAAAUAGCUAAUUGUCAUGUUCCUUGAGAUUGAUUUCCUAAAGGAGAGACAAAUAAAUGACAACAAAUGGAAAUCAGCAUCCAGCCUCAAAGACACCAACCAGGACCCAAAUCGGACCUCCAUGAAUUUACCUGGUGGACUUCAAGGCUAAGCCACUGAAUUUCCCCUACCAGACUUUUUAAAGCGAUUUUAAAGGUACAGAGAGUCAUCUUAAAACUGUUUCUGUUCCGGACACUGAAGUGCUGCUGUAAAUAAACACAAUGGAUGAGGACAGUCCUCAUGCUAAUAUAGUUACUGUGGUUAUUGAUUUUGUUGCUGUAAUAUUAGUAAAUGACAUAUCAGCCAUUAUUGACUGUGAACACACACAUCCUAAACACACAGGACAUGUUACCUCAAAAGAACACCGUUUGUCAUAUUGUCCUUAAAGAUUCUGCAGAUAAGCAGCUGGUGAGGUACUUUUGAUUUACUUUUUAAAAUAGAUAAAUAAUAAAUUCAAAGGCUUCACUUUCACCCAAAGGUGAUCAUCUGUAUGCUGUCUUUUCAAUGGGCUUGUCAUGUCUGCAGAUGCUGAAUGGACAUGAAUUGUAUAUAUGGAUCUUGUGAUAUAUCCCCCGCAAAAUUGUACAUAAUAUCCAAUGUGAGACUAUUCAUCCUCACAGUCUGUUUACAUGUGUUUAUUUUCAUUUCAAUAUUGGGGCCUCAGACCCGAAUCUUAAAAAUAUGAUUAUUUAUGACAAAGAGGAAAACAUGAUGAUGCUGACAGUUGUAUUUCAGUGUAAAAUGAAACCUCAUCCAUCUUGUUUAUACGUCGAACCAAAUGAAUGGAUAAAGCUGUCAUUUAAGAAAGAUAAUUACAAUCUGCAUAUGUAUUGAACUAACCUAUGUUUUUGUUCUCUGCAAUUCAUUGUGUGUAAAUUAAAAGACUAUGAAUAACAACGCA